UAGAAGCAGCUAAAAACAACGAUACGGUGCAGGUCUUUCAGUGUAGUUAUUUCUUGUCACGCUUCAGCCUUGGAAAAUAUUUGUUUUUUCACAACAUAAACGUUUUCAAUAUAUUCAUUCAAGAAAAGUCACACCUUGGGAGUUUUAUUGAAGACUUAGUUGUUAGCUAUCUGUCUAGUUUUGCAUGAGAACGCAACUCAAGGGCAGAAUAGUGAAAAAACAUCAUCACGGCGGGCUCAAGCACAAGAAUAACUGCACAUGGUGGUUAUGUUUCUACGUUCAUCAGCCAACAAAGCCUCGUAUCCUAGGGAAGACCAGCAGUCUACGAUGCAACAACCAGAGCCAGGUGUUCAACAGAGAGAGAUGGAAGAGCCUCUUCAGCACAUUGGGACCAAGUCUCAAUCUACAAGAUCAAGGUCAUCAAAACAGUCAAGCAGAUCCUCAACGGCGAGUUCUGCAGCCAUCAAAGCACGUGCCAAGGCGGACGCAGCACAUGCUCAAGUCUCCUAUGCUGAGAAGGAAGCUUCUGUGACAUGCUAGGCCCUACUUUGCUGAACUUCCAUUUGAAGUAGAGAAACAAGAGCUUAGUGUUGACCAAGCUACAUGCCAUAAUCCAGAAAGUAGCAAACGGAGCAAGAGAAGAGACUCUCCCGUUCAAAAGAAAUGAACAGCAGCAUGGUGGAAAUGGAAAACAAGCCCACUUCCAGUCACACACACAAAGCUUUCCUGAGUCACAAGUGUCACCAGACCUCAUCAAGUACCUCCUACGCCGUGAGAUGGUGAGUUCCGGACUCCUGAAGUUUGAUGAUCGCCCUGAAACUUCUCGAACUGGAGUGUGCUAGAGUAGAAGGGUACCUUCCAGGCCUCGCUUAGCUGGACACAUCUCGGGGGGUAAACCCUAUUGUAGAGAUACUUCCAUUCAGUUUACAAGAAAAAUGGAUAGCACAGGGAUCCAAAUAUAAGGAGGACUAUCGGGUAAAAUUCCCACCAUUCUCGUUCUUCUCGAGAUUCAUCAGGAACCAUGCGAAAACUAGAAACGACCCCAGUUUCACCCUCUACACUUCAACUAACCAGGUGUCUAUGAAAAGUGAGAAACCUGCCAGGUACAGCAGCAAGACACCUGUGACUGUAUACAAAACAGAUGUGUCAUCUGAGCCCUCAGACCAUCAAGCCAAACCCAGUAAGACAAAGGUUGAAAACCCUGACCAUCACUGCCCAAUACACAAGCCUCAUCCUCUUAAAAGGUGUUGUGGGUUUAGAUACAAAACUCUAGAUGAGCGCAAAUUAUAUCUCAAAGAGAAUGGCAUUUGUUUCCGAUGUUGUGGGUCAACUCAGCACUGAGCUAAAUACUGUAAGGUGUCAAUCAAGUGCUCUGAGUGUGACAGCGACAGACAUCUUGCUGCUCUGCAUCCAGGCCCAGCCCCUUCAAUUCAAAUACAGACACUGCUACCUCAGAGAAAGAGCAUGGCGGGGAGCAAGGUGACAAUGCUCUUCUAUCUGUCACCUCAAAGUGUACAGAGAUCUGUGGUGAGGCAGUCAAAUCCAAGAUCAUGUUCAAAAAUAUGCCUAGUCAAAGCUUAUCCAGCUGGGAUAAGAGAGAAAGCUGUCAAAAUGCAUGUAGUGCUUGAUGAACAGAGUAACAAAUCUCUGGCCAAGACAGAGUUUUUCAACAUCAAUGAGAACUUUGCUCCAUACACCAUGAAGACGUGUUCUGGGGUAACAGAGACUUCAGACAGGAGAGCCGUCAACUUCAUGGUGGAGUCUAUAGAUGGACACAUGCAGCUCACUCUCCCUACUCUGAUAGACUGUGAUAUGAUGCCAGACGAUAUGAUGGAGAUUCCCUCCCCGACAUUGUGUAUCAUCAUCCCCAUCUGCAACCAGUUAUGGACAAAAUUCCAGCUGUGGGCCCAGACGCUCCCAUCCUCCUGCUCUUAGGACGAGACAUCUUAAGGGUACACAAGGUACGAGAGCAAAUCAAUGGGCCCCAUGACACUCCUCAUGCACAGCGACUCGACCUCGGGUGGGUCAUCGUGGGUGAGGUCUGUCUGGGAACGGCUCACCGACCAGCCAAUGUUAACGUGUUCAGGACAAACAUACUUCAAAAUGGUCGCACAUCCUAUCUGAGCCCUUGCCCUGACAUCAUCCAGGUAAAAGAGAACUACAGCAGCACAGCUCAGAAACGCAUCUCUCCCUCUACAGUGCACUCGAGAGAUCCAAGCACAACUGUGAACACAGACAGCCUGGGAUGUUCCGUGUUCGACAAAACACAAGACGAUGAUAAACCAGCACCAUCAGUGGAGGACAAAGCCUUCUUGGACAUUAUGGACAAACAGGUUUUCCAGGAUGAUGGAAACAACUGGGUGGCUCCACUACCCUUUCACCCCACUAGACGUCGCCUCCCUAAUAACAGGGAGCAGGCCAUGAACCGUCUCACAUCAGUUCGCAGGACUUGCGUCAUUUUAUUGACUUCAUGCAAAAGAUGCUGGAUAACGACCAAGCCGAACCUUCACCGCCACUAGAGGGAGACAAAGAAUGUUGGUAUCUGCCCAUAUUUUAUGUUUACCAUCCACAAAAGCCUGAACAAAUAAGAGUAGUAUUUGACUCCAGUGCUAAGUGUCAAGGCGUGUCACUUAACAAUGUUCUGCUCAGUGGUCCAGACCUAAACAACACACUCUUGGGUGUCCUAAUGCGUCCCCGCAAGGAUUGCAUUGCACUAAGAGCAGAUGUACAACAAAUGUUUUACUGUUUUGGUGUGCGUGAGGAUCACAGAAAUUACUUAAGGUUUCUCUGGUAUGAAGACAACAACCCAGAUAGAAACAUAACUGAGUACAGAAUGAAAGUCCAUGUAUUUGGGAACAGCCCUUCACCAGCCGUAGCCAUCUACUGCAUGAGACGAGCAGCGCUACAGGGUGAGAAGGAACACGGGACAGAACCCAAGCAAUAUGGAGUGAGGAACUUCUACGUCGAUAAUGGUCUGACAUCAGUAGCUACUACAGAAGAAGCUAUCAACAUUCUAAGAAAAACACAAGCAAUGUUGGUGGAGUCCAACAUGAAACUACACAAGAUUGCAUCCAAUAGCAAAACAGUUAUGGAAGCCUUCCCUAUGGAGGACUGUGAGAAAGACUUAAAAGAUCUGGACCUAGGAGUGGAUCCUCUCCCCUUUCAACGGAGUCUGGGACUUUCCUGGAACCUGGAAACAGACAGCUUCUCAUUCCAGGUGUCCCACAAUGAGAAGCCUUUUACGCGGAGAGGCAUCCUAUCCACAGUGAAUAGUCUUUAUGACCCCCUUGGGUUUGUGGCUCCAAUAACAAUGCAAGGUAAAGCCUUAAUCAGAGAACUCUCUUCUGAUCAGAGUGAGUGGGAUGCCCCUCUUCCCACAGAAAAAGAAGAGGAAUGGAAAAUGUGGAAGGAAUCUUUGAUGGAGUUGGAACAUAUGUAUAUUCAGCAGACCUACAUCCCAGUCUCCUUGUCUACCACUCAAAGAAGAGAGCUACACAUCUUCUCGGAUGCCUCUACAGUAGCCAUAGGAGCGGUAGCCUACCUGAGAGUUAUUGACUCGGAAGGUCAAUGCCAUGUUGGAUUUGUCAUGGAGAAAUCUAAAUUGGCCCCUCGUCCGGCCCACACUAUCCCACGCCUAGAACUGUGUGCGGCUUUGCUAGCUGUUGAGAUGUAUGAACUGAUCAAAGACGAAAUUGACAUUGAUGUAAAUGCGGCCAAGUUCUACACAGACAGUAAGAUAGUUCUCGGUUACAUCCACAAUGUCACCAAAAGAUUCUGUUUAUGUUGCCAAUAGGGUAACUCGCAUCAGGAAGUCUACCCAUCCAGAUCAGUGGUGUUAUGUAAACACUGACAGCAAUCCAGCAGACCAUGCAACCAGGCCCACACUUGCUGCGCUCUUAAAGCACACCAGUUGGUUCUCAGGUCCACCGUUCCUUACCCAAACAAACUCGAGUAAGCCUGAGAACGUACAUUUUGACCUUAUAGAGCCUCACGCAGACGCAGAGAUUCGACCAGACGUCACUGUCUUUGCCUCUAAGGUUUCUGGAGCUCAACUCGGCUCUCAUCGCUUUGAGAAGUUCUCAAGCUGGAAAGCCCUCAAUCAAGCCACAGCAUGACUCAUUCAUGUUGCCAGAUCCUUCCAUGAAGGUGCGGACAACACCAGCUGCAGAGGCUGGCAUGACUGUAAUAAACCAUGCGGUACAAGUGAGUUGUCACAAGCCAAAACAGCAAUCAUUCACUGUGUGCAACAUGUGAAAGGAAUUAGCCUUCAGAGAGGAAUUAAAUUGCCUUGAAAAAGGAAAAGAGUUCCCAAAGCAAAGUACACUGAAAAAGCUGAACCCAGUGAUUGAUGAGGAUGGGUUGCUGAGGGUGGGAGGCCGCAUAUCCUCCGCCGACGUUACAAGACGAAAAACAUCCUCUCAUCAUCCCACGGACACAUCAUGUUGCCACUCUGCUGGUAAGACAUUAUCACGAGCAAGUGGCUCACCAAGGCCGUCAUUUUUCAGAUGGAGCUAUUCGAGCAGCAGGCUUCUGGAUUAUUGGGAGCAAACGUCUGGUCUCUGGUAUCAUUCACAAGUGUGUCACCUGCCGCAAUGUUAGAGGGAGGUUAGUUGAACAAAAGAUGGCUGAAGAUUUUCUGCCUCCAUUUUUCAUAAGACGUACAAAGCCUUGGCUUUAUCAAUCAGAGCACCUAACGUGUUGGCUUACCAGGCAUAGCUACUGGAGGAUGUGGGGAAGCAACUGAAUCAACUGGACCCUGAAUCAGGAUGCUUGGGAUGAGAUCUGUAUGAUUACGGAUCUAAACCUCCAGGCCACCCAUAAUGCCAUCCGUCUGUGGUUGCACCAUGAGCCUGGUGGUGGUGGAUGAAAGGGCACUUUGUCUGUUAAGCUGGACAAGCUUAGCCAAAGAGAAAGUGGAGCUCCUGGAUGUCCCUGUGACACCCAAAGAUUUGUUCGGCCUUGAUGUCGUGUGAUGUGUAAGAAGGAAGCCGAAGCCCGUUGGUCACUGCAACUCGACCUAGCCUCACAGCAGGGAGGGGGCAACAAGCUGGCUUUGGGGGCCCCAAACCCCCGGCGACUCAGCAGACUACACUCUUAGAAAAAAGGGUUCUGCGGCUGUCCCCAUAGGAGAACCCUUUUUGGUUCCAGGUAGAACCCUUUUUGGAACCCUCUGUGGAAAGAAUUCUACAUGGAACCCAAAAGGGUUCUACCAUCAACCAAAAGCACUGCAAAAAUUGAAAUCUAAGUAAGAUUAAAUAUGGUAAAUCAA